CCGUCUCUCGGUCGGUCGCAGCUAAUGCAGCGAACAGAUUUACGGUAGCGAUGCUCCGGUACGAGCUCCACACCGACACACUGGCCGUGUCCACCUAACUCGGCCCGGAGUUCAGCAGCGACGGUGGCCGAAGACACCGCAGGAAUUAUCGGGACAUUCUACUGUCAGCUGGCCGGGGAAGCACAUCGCACCGCCCGGCUUCCGGGGAUUCAGGGGCCGCAUCGGUUGACGGCAGACGUCGGUCGGUAGCUCGGGGGAAGACGGGCGAAUUUUCACAUCACCGCCGACAUCCAGCUCUCGAUUUCAGCCGCUUUCGAGAUGUCAAGAAAGCUGCAGAGGACAGAAGUCUGCGCCGACUGCAGUGCGCCAGAUCCAGGCUGGACCAGUAUCAACCGAGGGGUCCUGAUCUGUGAUGAAUGCUGUUCGGUCCACCGCAGCUUAGGCCGCCACAUCUCCGUCGUCAAGCACCUGAGACACAGCGGGUGGCCUCCCGCACUCCUGCAGAUGGUUCAGACCUUGGCCAGUAACGGGGCCAACUCCAUAUGGGAACACAGUCUCCUGGACCCUGCUCAGGUGCAGAGCGGUCGAAGGAAACCGAACCCCCAGGACAAGGUCCAUCCCACCAAGUCAGAGUUCAUCAGAGCCAAAUACCAGAUGCUGGCAUUUGUGCACAAGCUGCCCUGCCGCGAUGACGACGGUGUCACUACCAAGGACCUCAGUAAGCAACUUCAUUCGAGUGUGCGGACGGGGAGUUUAGAGACGUGUCUGCGGCUCCUCUCCCUUGGCGCUCAGGCUAACUUCUUCCACCCGGAGAAAGGCACCACCCCGCUCCAUGUUGCAGCCAAGGCUGGCCAGAUCCUGCAAGCUGAGCUGCUGGUCGUGUAUGGUGCAGAUCCUGGAGCACCGGACAUCAACGGACGCACACCUAUGGACUACGCCAGGCAGGCGGGCCAUAUAGAGCUAGCAGAGCGUCUGGUGGAGUGUCAGUAUGAGCUGACGGACAGGCUAGCUUUCUACCUGUGUGGCCGGCGUCCAGAUCACAAGAAUGGCCAUUAUAUCAUUCCUCAGAUGGCAGACAGAGCUCGUCCUAAGUGCCCGACACAGAGCCUGGACCUAUCAGAACUGGCCAAGGCUGCCAAGAAGAAGCUCCAAGCGCUCAACAAUCGGCUGUUUGAGGAGCUGGCGAUGGACGUGUAUGACGAGGUGGAUCGCAGAGAAAACGAUGCAGUGUGGCUCACAACCCAGAACCACAGCACUCUGGUCACAGAGCGCAGUGCGGUCCCUUUCCUCCCCGUCAACCCUGAAUACUCUGCCACGCGCAAUCAGGGCCGGCAGAAGUUGGCCCGUUUCAAUGCUCGGGAGUUUGCCACGCUUAUCAUCGACAUCCUCAGCGACGCCAAAAGGAGACAGCAGGGAAAAGGUCUCAGCAGCCCCACUGACCCACUGGACCUGGGGAUCGAUGACGACCAGCAUGACUACGACAGCGUAGCUUCAGAUGAAGACACAGACAGCGAGCUGACGGCCCAGAACAACAACAACACACAACGCAGCAACCGAGCAAAGAGCAUGGACUCUUCAGACCUGUCCGACGGCCCCAUCACCCUGCAGGAGUACCUGGAGGUGAAGAAGGCUCUGGCCUCCUCAGAAGCCAAGGUGCAGCAGCUGAUGAAGGUCAACAACAACCUCAGCGAGGAGCUGCGGCGGCUGCAGAAGGAGAUCACCCGGAUGCAGACAGAGAACAGUGCGCUCCGGGGGGGCCAGCAGGCUGGGGGGGCAGCCGGCCAUGGGGUCGGGGGGCCGGGGGGAGGUGGGGGAGGAGGCCACUGGCCGGGGGGAGGGAUGCGAGGAGGAAUAGGUGGGGGGGGACUGGGUGGGUUUGGACAAGGAGCGGAUCCCCCGGGGUUGACGGUGCCCUCCUCGGUCGUCCCCCACUCACAUCCCCACCGGAGGGAGCGGCAGGCCUUCUCCCUGUACAUACCGGGGGCGGCCCCUAACCCCACGGCCCACGGGCCCCCAGCCCUGGACUCCCUGGCAGCCCGCCUGCAGCCCCUCAACACACCCAGCGUGAGGAAGGGUGGUUCAGGGGGUCCAUCGCCGUACGGAGGCCAGCACCUCUCUGGAUCUACGGAGAUGGGCAGAUACAUGGUCGCUAAACCAGAGAAGCACGGCAGCGGCACCGACAGCGACUACGACAACACACAAACGUACGACCUGUCGCUAAGUAUGGGCCGCAGCAGUGAGGAGGAGGGCCGUGGUGAGUCUGAGGAGGGUGGAGGGGACGCCGGGGAGCCAGACCCCACCCUGCCCUGCACCGAGGAUGUCAUCCUGAAGACCGAGCAGGUGACCAAGAACAUCCAGGAGCUGCUCCGGGCCGCCCAGGAGUUCAAACACGACAGCUUUGUUCCAUGUUCUGAGAAGAUCCACUCUGCGGUCACUGAGAUGGCCUCACUCUUCCCCAAACGCCCAGCGUUGGAUGCGGUCCACUGCUCCCUCCGCCUGCUGGCGUCCAGUGCCUCGCGGCUGCAGGUGGAGUGCCGUAAGGCGGCGCCCUCGGAGCCCGGCGCCCCCGCGGUGGACUACCAGCUCCUUACCCAGCAGGUCAUCCAGUGCGCCUACGACAUCGCCAAGGCUGCCAAGCAACUGGUCACCAUCACCACUCGCGAGAAGAAACAGUGACCCAGCAAACGCCUGGAUGGAGAGGGACGAGGGGGAGAGAAAGGAUGGAUGCACGGGGGCUUCUGGGAGGGACCGAUGAUCACACUACAGACGGGAGGACAAGGAGGGGGAGUGACUGGGAGUAGAAGAAGAAACGAAAAGGUUGGACGAUGCAUGGAGAGCAAGCAAAGAGAGCUGAUUGUUUCAUAUGAACACUACAAUGAAGAGAAGAAGUGAAAGUAGGGAAGGAUCCAACACGGGAGCUACAGCCUGCAACAACACGAGUAGACUGUUGGAAUCAUGUGUAUAAUGAACUGCUGAAACUGUGACGAGCAAACACAACGGUGGCGAUGUACAGUGGACCGGGUCCUGAAACGUUACCGCUUUAUUUAUUCUCACUUGUCACUCGUCGUCCCUCCCUCUCCCCGCUCACACCGACCGGGGAGGGAGACGGUGUGCUGCAAGGGAGGGAGGGAGGUAGACUGGCCGAGACGUCGCCGUCCUGGGAGGCUGCUCCUCUCCCGUCCUCUGUCCUUUGACCCUCUGUCUCUCCCAGCUGAGGUCCGUCUGUCCUCUGGCCGUCCCAGAGGGAUGAGCCGGCGCUGCAGGACGGACCUCCUGGAAGCAUCUGUCUCCACCCACACCUCAGCCAGGCUCCAGACGCCUCCACAGGGGCUCCAGCUUGUCUCCCUGUCGUCGGUGGUACACAGCAUGAUCUGGCAUGUUUGGUUUUCUUUCCUCUCUCUUCUGUUUCUUUUUUUUUUUUUUGUUCGUUUGAAUAUGCGGAUCGGAUCGGUUUGCACCUCUGAGGACAAAAAUACUUUUUUACUGACUUACAAAAACACUUACACUGGAAUAAUUGUGAUUUAAUGUUAUUGUUUUAUCAUGCCUAUUGUUUUUUUUAUUGAUAAUUUUACUGACUGUCCUUUUGAUUUAACUGUUUAUGUUUCUUUCAUUGUCUCAAAUAUGAUUCUUAUUUAGUUGGAUAGGGAGACAGUUGGGAGUAUGUGUCAACCUCUUACUGGGAUUUAAGCAAACAUGCACACGUAAAAAUAGUCUGUGAAAUGGUCCUCGACAUUUCUCAAGAUCUCCCUUUGUGGGUGACAGUUGAGGUUUUGUUUUUUUUUUUCAUGUUGUGAUGUGUCUCGUGGCCAAGGGGUGAACAGUUGCCAAAGGGGGAGCGUGUUCAGGACAUUUGUUGUUGGUUUUGAUUUUGUGUCAGAGCGGAAGCCCCUUGGUGCAUCGUGACAGUACCUGGAUCAAAACGCUCUUUCAUGUAUCCUCAGCUGUCAUUUUACGCCUGAUUUAUCUACAGUUUGCCUCAUUUAACAGAGCCAGUGGAAUCAUCUCAGAAUCAGUCUCAUCAUCGUCAUCGCAGUGCCAAGCAGGAUAAAAGCAUUCGGUCCAGUCUGCGUAUGGGGAUUAACCCGGUCUUGCUCGAAGGCUGUUUACGCUUCUAUUACACAGCAGCUAUUAUUUACAUGCAUGUUAUAGCGAAUGCUGAGUCCCCUUAGGUGGAUUGCGACACACUGGUAUGCUGCAGCUCAGCUUUAGGUGGACCUGUGGAGAGCAUUCUGCAACCUGGACGUGCACAUGGCCAAACGCUCCCAUCGCGUUUCUCUCCUGUGGGAAGAUGUUUGCGGCACAUUCAGACAUCUCACGUGUGCUUGGCUUUAGUUUGCCAUGUAUUAUUUUCUCUUUCUAAAACUGUCUGGCAAGCACAAUCGAGCCCAACUUCUGUCCAACUCCUCGGUGGCGGCGGCGGCUGAUCUGGGAGCUGUCACUUCAAGCUCUCUGUCUCUGAACUCUGCCAACAGGAGACAGCUUUGGGAACAAUUUUCUGUUAGAAUUGUAGCGCAGUCAGCCUCCUGAACAUUUACAGCUCACUGCACGGUGCCGAACAAACAUGGUUCUGUCUGUAAGUACAGAUUAAGAUUGAAUCUAAGAAGUCCUGUUCUAGCUUAGGUCCACCACUACUUCUGUUAUUCUGCAACUGGUUUCUCAAAGUGUUUGCAGCUUCAUUAGUUCCUGCAUCGGUCUUGUCUGUAAUCAGAAGGCUUCUGCACAUUAAUUACUCACUGAAACGUUGAAGGAUGAGGUCAAACAGCAGUUGCAUCUCAUUUUUACCUUUUACAGCACAAAGCUGUAAUGAGCUCCAGACACUGAGCUGAUCCCAGACCUCCCUCAGCUCUUCUGUCCACUGUAUUCCUGCUUUGCUUUGUUUCCUGGGAGCUCUGACCAUCUGUCAGUCUUUCACAGAGCUGCACACGUGUCUCUUGUGCGUUGAAUCAUGUCCAGAAGACUCUUGAAAUGUAUCAUUGUUUGAUAUUGAAUGCCUUUGCACAUCAUCUUCAUCUCUUGUUUGAGUUCCAGCGACGCACCGACUGCUGAGACAACAGACAGACUUUCACACACUCACGGGCCAGUCCCUUCAAUCAUGAUGCCCAAGUUUUAGAGUAGAGCCAUAUAUAUGAACAUAUAUUUUCAUGCUAUAUUUUAUACUAAGCUAUAUGUUAGGGUUUUGUUUGUCUCUUCUUUGUUUUGCCUAAAUGGGCUUCAGGCUGUGAGAUCUGUUCAAAGUCUUCGUUCAGCUCUAAAGUCUUGCCACCUGAUGUACUUGUAGGUAUUUUAGGUGUUGUGAGUCUGGUCAUGCUGUGGUGUUAGCCUCCUACAUAGACAUAUUGUACAUAUUCAUGAUCCUACUAGAAUCCACAGAGAGGCAGGAGUGGCUCCAACAGGUUGAUGCAGGCGGUUACUCAACAGCUCGGUCUUAGUUGCACUAUUUUCAAACACCAGCUGGGUAAAGUAGGAUCUACGUUAUGUACUGCACUCUCCAAAGGUCUUAGUUCAAGUACAUUAGGUGCAGGAUGCAGGAUCUGACUCGGGAUGGGACACAGGACGGGUCUGAAGCACACUUGGGCUCAGCACUACAGUCAUCUCAAAGGCAGGAGGAGGCUCUACAAUGCACAUAGCCUAAUCCUCCCCCGCCAGCGGACGCUACAUCGGGUGCCUCUAGUGUGAAUGUUUAAUGCUUCCCGUCAGCUCACAUCACAUGUUCUACGCCGUCGUCAUGUCCAGAACUUAGCACAUACUUUCCAGAAUCCCACACACACACCCUGAACUUAUCAGUUGGACCAAGUCAUGCACAAGUACAGACAUUCAGCCUUGCAACCAGAACUAAACCAACACAAACACUCUGUUGAUCCUCAGCGGCGGCGCGCACGGUCGCCGUCCCUGUGUGUCUUCAGCGCUACACUUUGGGAGACGGGUGACGGGAGAGUUAUCUUUUAACAGAAGACGUUAAAACUGUAUAAAGUAGAGAAAACAACGACUUAAAAGGUCAAUCGUAAUGGAAACUCAUAAGCUGUACAUUUGUAAUAAAAUAAUAAAACAGUUUAAUUGUC